UAUUGUUCAGUGAAACUUCGACACGCGUGCAUGUAGUUCUGAGCAGCAAUUUCAUUUUCUUUGAAAUUCACGAUGGACUCUACUGACUUUGCUAAACAAUCCGAAGUUCCAGAUUGCCUCGAUAAUUCUAAGACUGGAAACCAGUCUAUAACAGAACUCUUAGGAACUGCAUGGAGACGGGUAUCUAUGAGCGAUGACGAAGCAUUUAGUGUAAAACGCCGUUUGGUUGCUAAAAACGGCGAACGUAAUAUCAUACAGACUGAUAUCCACCACCGACGGCAUAGUUACCUGACGGACAUUUUCGUCACCCUGGUAGACGCACGAUGGAGGUUUAUACUCCUUAUGUUCUUAAGUGGCUUCAUAUUAUCAUGGCUGACGUUUGCACUAUUGUGGUGGCUUGUUCUUCUCGCUCAUAAUGACUUUCGUCAUCUCGAAGAUGAGGACUGGACUCCAUGUGUGGACGAGGUGGUUGAUUUCCCUACAGCUCUCCUAUUUAGUAUCGAGACACAGCAUACUAUUGGCUACGGCACUAGGGCAACUACAUCUAAGUGCCCUGAAGCAAUAAUCCUAAUGAUGCUCCAAUCAGCCGGAGGGACACUCAUGACAGCUAUUCUCACCGGGAUCGUCUUCUCAAAGAUUCAGCGUCCAAAGCGCCGUUCUCACACAUUGAUCUUCAGCAAGAACGCCGUUGUUUGUAUGCGUGAAGGUAAUUUGUGUUUACUCUUUCGGGUUGGUGAUAUGAGACGCGAGCAUAUGAUUGGGACACAAAUUAGAGCAAUAAAAGUGAGGAAAGGUAUCACGAAAGAGGGCGAGGUCCUCCCUUUAUUCGAACAGGAAGUUGCCUUCCACGUGCCGCCAAAUGGCGUCCUUUUCCUUGUGUGGCCCGCCACGGCCUGUCAUGUAAUUGAUAAGAACAGUCCAUUCUAUAACAUGUCCAAGGAUGAUCUCAAACAUGAAAAAUUUGAGCUCAUUGUCAUCAUGGAAGGUACCAUUGAAGCCACAGGAAUGACUGCUCAGGUCCGAACAUCGUACCUCCCUUCAGAGAUACUUUGGGGACACCGUUUCAGACGCCUUAAUAUGUAUCAAAAAGACACAGGCGAGUGUCAAAUAAGAUACAACAAUUUCCAUUCAGCAGUUCCAGUUGAAACGCCCUGUUGUAGUGCAAAGGUGCUUGCUGAACAUUCAAAUACUGAUCCAAAUUCGACGAUCUAUCACUUCGAUAACGAUGACACAAUCCCAACACAGUAUGUGUCCGCCCAUCUACCCAUUCCAAGUUUUAACAGAAGCGUAACUUUCGAUGAGCGGGGAAAUACAGUUCAUGUGGAUUGCGGUCCACUUUUUAAAGCAAUUGAUUCCAAUGGCCUUAAUAAAGAGAGAAGUGAGGUAAUUCUACACAUCGAUUCAAUUGAAACGACCCUUCUACCGAACCCAAGCAAUACGACACAAAGUAGCAUACAAACUGAUCAUCGAAUCGUCAGUGAGCCUACCCUGCAAGUGAGAGCGGAAGCGAAUGAGGAUUUUGAUGAACCGCGUAUCCUAAAAAGGUCAAAGGGCAACAGAGUUUUCACGAUCACGAAAUGUAAAGAUAACAUUAAUUUACAACAGCCAUCAAAGCCGAGGAAUGUGAGAUCCAACCCAAGUAGAAGGGACGAUUGUGAAAUUGGCGCCCUUCCAAACACACAACUCUGACGUAAGAAGUACAAUAAUGCGAAGCUGCUUUGGACGAGUCAAUUGACAUCGAGAAAUAUCCGAAAAGCACUGGUUGCACAACUUAAUCAAAAGUGGAAAGUACAGAUAUUUCUGGAAAACCAAUAGGUUUGUUGGUUUGCUUGGAAAUAUCUUAUAACUACAAAUAUUCUAACAUACAUGGAAAAGUACAAUGACUCCAAUGGGAAGUGAGGCCAAAAGAUAUCAGGGGGUCUGAAAUGUGAACAUUAAAUCAAUACCCUCUUAUCUCACAAGAGCUGAAAAACGUUUCGAUAUCUGAGCAAACCUGACCUGUCAUUAUUGACUUCCAAUCACGUGACUGCAAUCACACGAAGUCCAUGCUUUCACCACAUGCAUGUAUUUUAUAGAAACUUCCUUCAUCAGGGCAUCGUUUGUCACGUAGAACACUUUGAGUUUGGCGUCAUCGUAACACUAAAGAUAUUAAAAAAUGCUUUUUAAAAUAAAUUUGAAUUUACUCAGCUUUUUAA